AUGCCUGUUAUCUCACGCUUAGUGUCGAUUGUCUUCCGCGUAGCGGAAAUUGUUUGCGCUGCGGUCGUUGCCGGUAUCAUCGGCCACUACCUGGCUCAGUACAGCGGUGACGCAUGGCCGCAAGCCCGCUGGAUCUACACCGAAGUCGUCGCCGGGUUAUCCAUACUUCUCGGGCUGAUCUGGCUCAUACCAUUUUCCUCCGGGUUCUUCUCCUGGCCGUUUGACGUCAUCAUCUCCUUCGCAUGGUUCGCGGCUUUCGGUAUCCUUGUCGACGCCAUCCACAAAUUGAACUGUGGCAGUAUCUGGCACUGGGGUGGUCUCUACCAUAACGAUACCUGCAGUCGGUGGAAGGCAGCUGAGGCGUUCAGCUUCAUUUCUGCUAUUGUCUGGCUUGCUUCGGCGCUGGUGGGUAUCUGGUUUACCUUCCGGGUUCGCAAGGAGACUACUCCUCCUACCUAUGGCCGUCGUCGCUUUGGUCGCUCUGCCGUGUAA